UGUUGAGGUAUUCUCAGGUGGUGGGUCGCGGCGGCGGCUUCAAGGGCCGGAGCGAUGGUGGUGGGGGCAGAGGACGAGGGAGAGGUGGUGGAGGCCCUGGUGGGCGAGGCGGAGGCCCUGGGAGAGGCCGACUUGGCGGCCGGGGCGGGGGAAGGGGCAGGGGCCGAGGUGGUGGAAUGAAGGGUGGGAGCAAGGUCGUCAUCCAACCCCACAGGCAUGACGGGGUGUUUGUGGCCAAGGGGAAGGAGGAUGCCCUCUGCACGAAGAACAUGGCGGCGGGUGAGUCUGUGUAUGGCGAGAAGCGGAUUUCAGUUCAGAAUGAGGAUGGAACCAAGGUGGAGUACCGGGUAUGGAAUCCAUUUCGCUCGAAGCUGGCAGCGGCUAUUCUUGGUGGUGUUGAUAACAUUUGGAUUGCUCCAGGGACUCGAGUUCUCUACCUUGGAGCGGCAUCGGGGACUACAGUAUCUCAUGUUUCUGAUAUUGUUUGGCCUACUGGAGUGGUCUAUGCUGUUGAAUUUUCACAUAGAAGUGGAAGAGACCUUGUAAACAUGGCGAAGAAGCGAACAAAUGUUAUCCCAAUCAUUGAAGAUGCUCGGCAUCCUGCUAGAUACCGAAUGCUGGUUGGAAUGGUUGAUGUUAUAUUCGCAGAUGUUGCUCAGCCAGAUCAAGUAUGUAUUCUUGUAUGCUAUGUUGUUUGUCUAGCAGGCUUUCUCUUUCAUUUUGGUGCAAAGGCAAAGGUUGCAGGCUUUGGUGCAAUGGUGUGGUUGCUCCAUUGUGACAUGGUGCCCACAGAUUUGAAACACGGAAACAACCUCUCCGCACAUGGGGGUGAGGCUGCGUACCUUUGUGCCUCCCCAGACACCACAGUGGCCAACUGCAUUGACUCGACAGUGCCAGCUGAGGCAGUCUUUGCGCAAGUGAAGAAACUACAAGCAGAGCAGUUCAAGCCAGCAGAGCAGGUUACUCUCGAGCCUUCUGAGCGAGAUCAUGCCUGUGUUGUGGUGGAUACCGCAUGCCAAAGAAGCAGAAAGCGGCCUCCUAGAGGUUUUUUGGUUGGGAAUCACUGCUUCACGAUUAGCUGCAUGCAGUAAAUUAUGGAUAUUGGAUUGGUUGAUACUGAUACUUCUUCCUAGUGGUCUGUGUCACUGUUUCAUCUUCAAACACCAAAAUGGAAUCAGGAUAUACUGAUUUAGUUCAGAAAUAGUGCUCAACCCCUUGGCAGUGUUGUUGCAUUUAACAUCUUCAAGGCAUCCCAUUACUUAAAAUGUGCUGCAUUGAAAUUUAAAUUCUUAUGCUGUCUUGGGGUGUCUAUUUCCAAAUUUCAAAUGGCACUAACAUAGCGCUGUUCGAAGUGCUUGAGAACUGGAACAAGUCCAUCUUUCAAUUAAGCUUAAUGUCUCUUAAUGACAAGAUGAUUAAUUCUAGCACGUUCAGUUAUGUUUU